AAGAACUCAGACCGAUUUGCAGUUCAGUUUAAUCCAAUCUCAACAACCAUGUUUGUUUCUAUAUUUCUGCUAGGGCUCUGUGUUUGCUUCCUUCUUCUUCAGCUCCAACCUCGGAGACCCAAGAACUUCCCACCAGGACCCCCCUGUCUCCCUGUACUGGGGACCCUGCUGCAUCUAAACUUAGAGAACCCCUUAAAGGACUUUGAGAGGCUCAGGGAGUCCUAUGGAAAUGUCUACAGUCUGUUCAUGGGUUCAAAACCAGCUGUUGUCAUCAAUGGGUUCAAGGCAAUGAAGGAGGCAAUUGUGACUAAAUCUACCGAUUUCGCUGGAAGACCCCAAGACCUUUUUAUAAAUGACCUAAUGCAGACAAAAGGUGUGGCUAUGGCUGAUUAUGGCCCAAUCUGGAGGGAACGCCGGCGCUUUGCUCUGAUGAACCUCAAGAACUUUGGUCUGGGAAAGAAAUCAAUGGAGGAGAGAAUCCUUGAGGAAAUUCAAUACAUCAUUGAAACACUGGAAAAGAACAGUGGUAACACUGUGAGUCCUCAGGUUAUGUUUCAUAACGCUGGCUCCAACAUCAUCUGCCAGCUUCUCUUUGGAACACGCUACGAGUACGAUGAUGAGACAAUCAAGUUGAUUGUGAGGUGUUUUACUGAGAUAACUAAAAUAAUCAACAGUCCAUGGGCAAUGCUGUAUGACUCUGUCCCUUUAAUACGUCACCUGCCGCUGCCCUUCAACAAAGCCUUUGAAGACAUGGAGAUUUUUCUGAAUCUUGUGAGACAUUUGGUGAAUGAACACAAAAAAACCCGAGUCUCUGGAGAGCCACGAGAUUUUGUUGACUGCUAUUUGGAUGAAAUGGAAAACAGGGACGAUGAUUCUACAUUUUCUGAGGAACAUUUAACAAGAACCACCUUUGAUCUUUACAUUGCUGGGACAGACACAACCUCCAACACCCUCCUUACUGGGUUUCUCUACCUCAUGAACUACCCACACAUACAAGAACAAUGUCAGCAGGAGAUAGACCGGGUGCUGGUUGGAAAGGAUCGGGUCACAUUUGAGGACAGACUCAGCAUGCCCUACGCACAGGCUGUGAUCCAUGAAAUUCAGAGGAUUGCCAACACUGUUCCUCUCAGUAUCUUUCACUGCACGACUAAAGACACAGAGCUCAUGGGAUUCUCCAUUCCCAAGGGUACAAUGAUCAUCCAGAACCUGGAUUCGGUGCUGAGGGAGGAAGGACAGUGGAAGUUCCCUCAUGAAUUCAACCCGGAGAACUUCCUAAAUGAACAGGGAGAGUUUGUCAAACCUGAAGCUUUCAUGCCUUUCUCUGCAGGUCCUCGGGUAUGUCUUGGAGAGAGUCUGGCUCGUAUGGAACUUUUCCUCAUCGUGGUGACUCUGCUGAGGAGGUUUAAGUUCAUCUGGCCGGAGGAUGCUGGAGAACCAGACUUCACCCCGGUUUAUGGAGUCACUUUGACACCCAAACCUUAUCGUAUGAAGGUCCAACUGAGGUCAAAACAGUGAGGAGAAGAAACAGAGGAGAAAUAACAAGAUACUCUGAAGAAAAAUAAAUAAAUCCAAAUGAUCAAUGCCUUUUAUUGGGGUAGUGGUGGCCUAGUGGUUAGAGGAUGCAAGGUUCCUGGUUUGACGUCCACAGACUGCCAUUCAGGGUCCCUGAACAAGACCUCUAGCCCCAGAUUGCUCCCCAGGCACAGCACAACGGCAGCUUGCUGCUCCCUAAGGGAUGGGUUCAAUGCACAAGACAAAUUUCAUCGGAAUGUAUAAUGCAAUAAUUUUGUACUGCUGCUAACCCAUUGUGAUAAAAGUUUAACUCAAA